CUGAUAGUCGCUGGCGCUUGGCACAAAGGAGUUUAGCUUAGGGGGGAAGCUAAGCACAAAUCGGCCAGGCUGGCUCAAGCAACAGGCUUCUAUGGAGCAUAUUACCCGGGUUUGAUGGACUGUGCGUCCAUCUAACAAUAGCUAGGCACAAGGUUCCUGGCACCGACCCAUUAGGUGGAGAGUCGAGCACACACUAGGGACAGGCUGUGAGCGUGGUGAAAAUAAACAUCUUCUGGAAGCCGCUUCCCCUCCUUUUUCUCCUCUGUAGAAGACAAGUAACGAUCAAUGGCAACAUGAAGGACGCUGUUGUGUCGCAGGUGCGCGACAUCCAUAUCGAGUCUUACUCGCCCGACACCGUUGACGCUUGCCAGCGGUUCGACAUUGACGCAGAUGCCUUCAACUGUGGCAUGAUGGGUACCGUAACAACUGUGAUCACGAGCGACGGCAGCGCCAGACAUGCGACGAAAACGUUGGAAUCGCCAACCAUUAAACGAAAUGCUCACCGGAGCUCCAUGCUCCCCCAGCUGCGCAAGUUCAAUCUAUCCAAGGGGUAUUCUGCGGACAGCACGGACGAUUCUGUUAGAGGCAAAGGCCUGAGACUGCUUGACCAAAUUCUGUCCCAUGACCAGCGCCUUCCAGAAAAGUCGUCAGCGGCGAACUGGAACAAAUCACGGAACCGAAGCCCAACAAGCUCCUUCAAUUCCCUUGGCAGAUCGCUUGACGGAACAACGACGACGACGGCACCGAGCGUGGCGCAGACACCAGCUACAUCGGCUUCUUCGACACCGAGCAUGAGCAAAGAUGAGUUUGAUGCUCUUCCCCCUACGAUUCAAAGAAAGUACUUUUCCACCCUGGAAAGAUUGAGGUUUGCCCAAACUCCUCCAGGCUCUGCUACUUCCAUCGACACCUUCGAAACUGCUCCAGAGCUCCCUCAAGACGAGUCUACCACCCUCGACAGAAACCAGUUUCGCCCUGUUCUCAAGUCUCGAUCUACUGAAACGGCACUUGCUCGUCCACGGACAAGAGCCUCUCGAGUCUUCCCAAACCCGUCAGAACAGCAGCGGGCCUUGACAAGAGACGAUCUUGCCAUCAACGCCAAGCGAAAAAGCAUCAUCUUGGAUGCAACAGACGAGGCGGUAAUCAACUGGGGAAAGCGUCAACCGUCACGAAGAGAAACACACAAGCCACAAAACCUUUCUACCUCAUCCUCCGUUACUAUUCGACCAGGCAGCCUCUAUAAAGCCGCCUCAGUAGACCAUCUCAGACGCAGAAUGCAUUCACAAACAGGACAUGAAGGCUGGCUGGAUGGCCGCCUCAAGGCCACGGAGGAUUCCAUCUACGAUAGCUUUCGCUGGUUCGAUGAGGACGACAGUCUAGACUUGCGUCUCAAUAUGGAGGACUACCACGAUGCCCUUCGACAAAACUCACAACCGAAAAGCCAAGCUUCAUCCCUCCGCCGACACCUUUCCAUCUCGAGCAAGUUGACAUUUAGACAGUCAAUAUCGUUGAGCCGUCCUGGCACCAACGAUGCAAAUGGCCCGUCGUUCUUUGGCGGGCCAGGCUCAAUUUCAUCCACGCCUAGUUCUCCUACACAUGGCAGACGCCGCUCCAGGGCACUCUCGUUGAUGUCGCCCACCAAGCUCAUGAUGCCAAGCCAGGACGCACUUGCAUCCCCCACAAACGAGCCAGUCAUCCACUACCAAGAUCCCGAGACAAGACUGAAGCUCCGAGCCUAUCUUGCAUCACCCCACAAGUUUGACGAGGCAGUCGAGUUUGGAUUCCCAUCCGUUGACAAGCCGCAGGAAGUUGAAGACAAACACCCGACUCGCUCAGAUUCGCUCGCUAUGCCCCACGAGGGUGGUCUGCAAAUCAUGAAGACAUUGCCCGAAGACCGCCGUUGCUCCAUGUACAGCGAUGAUGCCACAACCAGCGAGCCUGAUUCUCCACGAACCCCUAAUACGUUGGAGAAGCCAGUGCUCCCACAGCUUCUACAGACUGAGGUCGCCCCUAAGACAGCGAACAAGGGAGACUACGCCCAAGCCCCAGCUGCAUCUCGCGAAAUGACACUCCGCAUGACUCUCACGCGUCCGGACCUUCGUGCCGAUGAAGAAAAGAUCUACGGCUGGCAGAAAGCCAAGAUGACAGCCAUCCCUACUGUCGACGAACCCAACUCUCCCACCACCCUCAAGCGCGAUGGCAACUCCAAAGAGAGCAUCGAAAGAGAACUUGCGGCUAUUGACCUCGAGAAUCUCCUCUCUGGUGACCACGGCCCUAUGAGGCGAUUCUGGAACCGCGUUCGACGGGCAUGAAAAAAACGUCGAACUCGAAACACAACCACCACCGUACACGACACUGUGACACUCUUCUUGUUCCCUACUGUGUUUUUUAUUGUUUUGCUAUAGCAUGCUCAUUUAUACCCCUUAUGCAUGACCCUGAAUUUUAUCUAUAUACUCAAGCUGUCUUGUUUUUAUUAUUACCGUGGGCCGCCGCAUGAUCAUCUGGCACCCGCUCUAUAGCCGUUGUUUUUGUCCCACCGCUUGGUGGUAAGAUAUUGCAGUGUUGGUUUAUACUGGUUCUGAGGAUAUGGGGAGAGUAGAUAUUAAGGUUUAAAAUACAAUAAAUACUUCCCCGUUCAAAUUACAAAACUUGGUCACCUGGCCCAUAGGAUCCCUCUAUAUGUACGUGCACGGACAUAUAUAUUAACACAUGUGACGCUGAUAGGGACUAACGAAAUGAGAUAUAUUGAUACAUGUACUAUUUUACCAAAAAAAAAAAAGAUGCUCGCAUGUAUCCAAAUGUAAUAUGACGGCAAUCAUGACGCCGAGAAAAGGGACCAUGCCCCUUUCCAUGUAGAAACCCUCUUAGAACUCGUCGUCACUGUCUUCACCCAAAAGUUCACCCUCCACGUCUUCCACCACUGUGUAGGCUCCGCGACCGCGGGAAAAGCUGUCUCUGGUAGUAAAGCGCGCGGUGCUGGAGAACCAGCUACGGCUGUUGCGGCCGCCACCAAAUGAGCUCGAAGCUGAUCGGACCAGGCUGCCCACAAGGAGAGGCAAGCUUGCGAGAACCGCGGCCGCUGCUGAGAUGGCAAUGACGGGGUACUUGAUCCAUGGCUGAUCGCUAUCAAAUGUCGCUGACGAUGCCUCUCCCAGACGGAUCUGGCCAAACUUGCCAUUCCAAUUGCGGUAGACGUACGAGCCAAUGGCACCAGCAAGCGCAAAUGGGAUGACGACUGCAAAGAAAAUGGCAACGCCAGAGGUAGGAGGAUGAGUGCGGCCGUAGUCCUCUUCAAAUCCAGGGCAAGCAUGGUCGUCAAGGCUCUUAUCAAGCUCCUUACCGUCCUUACAAGUUGUCGAUGGGGCGCGUCGGAAGCCUGUCGGCGUGUACCAGACAGUUGCAUUCGGAUUAAGCUUGCACCAUUCCUUGCCAGAGAGAGGCUGGAGACCUGGCACCAGUUUGCAUUGACCAUCGUCAUGGAGUUCAUAGUUGUACGCGCAUUCAAAGUCGGCACGUGUGCACUUGCAGUCCUCGAUUGUAUGAAGGCGUCGGAUGUCUUGCUCGUUGAAGCACGUCUUAUCUACCUUCUUGCGUAGGUACUUGGACACAUGACCAAAAAGACAGUCGUCGCUUUGCGAGGGGUGUCGUGGAGUCCACAAUUCGUAGUCUGACUUGCUGUCGUUUUCAUCAAACUUGCAGGGUUUGUCAGAUAGACCCGAGAAGUCAACAUUGAUAGUAGCAAGCUUGCCACUUUCAGACCGCGUCCAAAGAACAAUGUUUCGAGAGGUUCCCGUUUCGACGGACGUCAUGUCUAGAACAGAUACCUUGUCCUUUGAAAACUCGUAGUCUUUCCAAGUGUUACCGUUGUCAAUGGAAUAAGACAGGAUAUUUGUCUUGGCGUUCUUGUCCUCCUUGGUACUCUGGACUAACACAAUUAUAGACCCUUGGUCGGCAAACUGCCACAUCCAGCGACCCUUCUUAACGCUCUUCCAGCUAAUGCCGCCGUCCGUGCUGAGAAACGUAUCGGCAUCGUCUUUGCUGGACAGAGCAGGUCCAACAUUACCAUGCCCGGCAAUGAAACCAACAGCAGCUUCUGCCGAAAAUCUCUUGUCCUUGUCUUCUCUUUCUGUGUAGUGAUGUAAAUGGAGGGCACAGCUACCGUCUCCCUUGCCGCCGCCACAUUGGUAUGAUUUGCCAUCAGCGCCCUUGCUAGGAGGCGCGAGGUAAAGCCAGUUAGCGCCGUCGUUGUGGCUAAUCUUGGUUUGUAUGUGCUUCUCUUUGUCUUCUCCAGCAUUAGCCACGAUGUUGAUAAUUGUGACGCCUUCCAAUCCUGUGACCUUCUCGAAAUCCACCAGCGGCUGGCUGUCCGCAUUCACGUUGGCAGCGCUCAGCACAUAUGAAGUACCAUUGGAAUUGCUCUUCAUAAUGGAUCCAGAGCUUCGUCCGGCCUUGUCUGAUGUCAAGACAAACAGGUUAAUCGCGUGGUUGGAGCUGUCCAACACUGUGUACUUGGCAGUGUGUGUUUCGUGGAAGCUAUGAGGAAACAAGGCUUGCUCGAACUUUUUGCCAUCCAAGCUGGAGAAGGCGUGCAAGGCACCGGACGAAUUGACUUGCGCCACGACAAUGAAUUCGCUCAUGGUUGCAAAGUUGGUGACCUCUCCAUCAAAAGUUGUCCAUUUUUCAUCAGUAUCACGGACAUCAUUUUUCGUCACCAGUGUGAACUUUGAGUCAUCGUUCUCCUCUUGACGAGCCAGGCAUACGAUUUGCUUCUCAGGGCGGAAUUUAUAGUCUGUGUUUCCAGUAAAUUCACAAUGAUCAACAUGUCGUCGGAUGGUGUCCCAGUUGUCUCCACGGUCAAAACUGACGGAGGCUUCGUGGGUACAAUCCUCCUUUCCUCCAACCUUGUCACACUUUUUUCCAAUCCAAAGAAGCCAGUCUUUGCGAUUGGGAUGGAAAGAAAGCGGAGCGCCGUCUCUAGGUGGUGUCUUGGCUUCAAAAGUGUGAUAAGACUUGCCUGAAUCGACAGUGUAAAUAACCUUUUUCUCUUCACCAGUAGUAAAGAAGACAACAUUGUCAAAAGUGUCAUGGGGAUAGAUGCCAGUCACCUUUUCGUUCUUCAAAAUCUGUUCCCAAUCUUUGCCGUGAUUUGUCGAACGGUAGAUUUUAUCUUCAAUCUUAACCUGGCCGCGUUGGAAUUCGGCUGGGCGGGCAAUAAUCACCUCGGUAUCUGAGGAGCCACCAUCUCCCUUACCGAGAUAUAGCUUUUGAAAGUCUUUGAGAUCUGAAUCAAAUUCCCUUUGUGUGUGAGAAACCUUUCCAUCCGCAGGUUUCGACGGUUCCGAUGGCUUCGAGGGUUCGGAGGGAGUCUCCUUUCCAGAGCAAUCCUGUUCGACAGGGUCGUCCAGCUGCUUACCGUCCUUGCGUUUACAGACGUUUCCAGGGAUAAGGCGCCAUCCUGAAGAGCCCUUGAAUUUGCCAUUCUUGUCUUUGCAAGCACCUUCAGGUAUAACGGGUGGACCACUAGCUUUGCACUUUUUGGCAUCUUCAGAGUCUCUCUCAAAGUUAUAGUCGCACUCGAAGUCCACAUCUGUGCAUUCGCAAACGUCCGUCUGAGGCAAAGGCUCCUUAAAGUCGCUCUGGAUAAAGCAGUCCGCAUUCUUCUUGCGGCGACGGAAUGUUUGUUUCUGACCCAUGAUGCAGGUUGCCUUGCCAGAAUCAUCGGCUCUCGCAUGCCAGUCUUCCAUGUCUCCGUCGCCACACUUGCGUUCAUGGAGGCCGUCAAAGUCAAUUGCAAACAAGAAAUAGGCCUUCUUCUUUUCGCCAACGAGAACAAACUUGAGACUUGUUGAGUCUUGCACGGUCGUCAAAAACAGGGGUCGUAUUUCCUGGCCAUCUGGCAGCUCUGUCUCUUUCCAAUUGUCGCCAUGGUCCAACGAGUAGGAAAUCUUCUUCACAUCUGCUUCUUUAGAGUGCUUGACAGCCACCAAGAUCGAACCCGAGUCUCCAAACUCGUAAAUAUGAUGGCCGCUUAAAGCCUUUUUCCAUGUCAUUCCCGCAUUGUCAGAGACAUACAGAUCCGCAUCACUUGUUGGCUUCAAAGAUUUUCCGGUGUUACCGACACCCAUAACGAGACCAGGUGCAGGGCUAGAAAAGACUCGACCGAUGUUAUCGAUUCCGUCCCGGCCAUGAAGAGAGCGCAAACUGCUCACUGAGUGCAAGUGUAGUGUAUCAUCGCCAGCCUUGAUAUGGUCCAUAGUUCGGCCAUCGUCAAAGGAGAUCUGGGUGAUGAUUUUCUUGUCUUUGCCAUCCGCCUCAACUUCAGCGCCGUUCUCUACAGUGUUGAUCAUGAAAACUCCUUGAAUGCCGCUGAUUUUCUCAAAGUCAACGUUGCCAUCUGCGUUGCGGUUCGUGUACGGCGCGUUUUCGGUGAAGUAGGUGCCGUUCGAAUUACUGGUGAAGAGCACGCCCAUAGGCUUGGAAGGGCGAGACGACAUUACAUCUAGCUGAAUACUGUAAUUGGUGCUUUCCAAAAUAGUGUAGCCAUCUUGGCUGAUGAUGUGUGAGUGGUCAUGGGUAUCUGCUCUAGGAAACAUUGCUCUGUGCCAUUUCUUCGUGUCAUCGGUCACGAAUAAAGCCAUUUCGUCACUGCGAGAGGAAGCUGUGGCGACGAGGAUGUAUUUUUUGACCGGGGCAACACUUGCAAUGCCUUUGACAACCUUGUUGGUGUCUAGUGCAGGUUCGUUUUCUUUGUAUUCGUUGCCUUCGACGGCAAAAAAGUCGUCCGACACUACCAAGUGGUUGCCGCCUCGAUCGGAAACUCGCUUUUCUCUGGCAAUACAGAGGAUUCUCUUCUUGUCCAGCUCUUUGUCUCCGGUCGUGAACUCGCGGUUCGACUUUGCCCACCAGCAGCCUGCUGUUUGAUCGCGGAGAACCUUGGUCUUUCCAAAGUUGUCGGUUGUAUAUUCGGCCUGCUCGCUGCAGAAAAAUGUGCCGCAAUCCAUUGCGUUGAAGAUGAUGCGCUCAGGAUCCUCGGCAUUGAAUGACAGAAUCUCGCCUGGUCGCUCAUCGCUUGGUCUAGACGAUGUAGUGAAAGAGUCCCAGCUCUUUCCACCAUCGGUAGUUUUGUAGUGCUUCUUGCUAUUAGUGAAGAUGUAAGCCGCUUUUGGGUUGAACGGAUGCAUCUGCAAAGCAACAGCCUUGCCAUCGGGGACCUUUUCUACACGAUCCCAUGUCACGCCGGCAUCUUUAGAGAAGUGUAUAUUCUUGCCUCUGAUAUCUUGGUAGAUUAUAGAGUCGCUGUCUUCAAAGUAGUUGAGAUUCACCGGCAAAUUCGCAAGCUUGGUCUGCUUAAUGACGGGAUUGCUGUCGGCGAGGACAGAGGCACACAAAGCAGAAAGGGUCAGGAGCUGCCCAGUCUGCGCGGCCGCGCCCCAAAGUUUCAUUUCGAUCGAUUGCUGGGGCGCACGCUGAUCAUCAAAUUAUUGCUGGAUGAUUACGGAGAUAUUGAGGAUGCAGUCGCCUGAUGUUGGUGAUGUUGGUUGGAACAGGGCUGCCUGCAAGUCGUGACGAAGCUG